CAUAUCACCAUGCUUCCAAGCAGAGGGCUACGGCCCGCACAAUUCGUUCCUUUAACUUCUCGUCAGUCUCUAACUAUACGCUCCAAUGCGUCGAGAAAGUUUUCCUCGGCUGCACGCAAGGUAGUCGGAUCCGCAUCGUCACGCCGGCCGAACCCACUCCAGUCCGCAAACUGGCGAACCGGCGCCACGGCUUCUCCCAAUGUCCUCCUCAUCGCAUCCACCGUCCGCCACGGCUCGUGGUAUGCGCCCUGGACCUGGAGUCGCUCCAGCACACCGUCCGAUGCCAACCCUGCCACGCCUUCCGAUCUCGCCGCAACGUCCCCUGCUGCUCCCGAGCCUGUCUUUACCACCGAAACGCCGGAGCUUUCCCCCGCUGGCAUAGGCAAGGACCCCGUCGUCGAGAGCACAUCCGUAGCUUCGGAUCCUAAGACAGUGGAAGAGCUCCUCGGUCUUGACCCUGCGCCGCCUGUUCUGGAUACGACGCCGGUGCUCGACCCCGCUAUGACCGUCACAUACUGGGGCCAGCUCAAGGACCUGGGACUCGACUAUGGGUGGGGGCCCUCGUCCUUCUUUGAGAACCUGAUGGAGCUCAGCUACCUCAAUACGGCUUGGGGAUGGGGUGGCUCAGUUAUUCUUUCGGCAGCACUGUUACGCGUCAUAUUGUUCUAUUUCCAACGCCGAGGAUCAGACUCUAUGGCCAAGCUCGCUGCUAUGAAACCCGUCCUGCAGCCUUUGCUAGAACGGAUGGAGGAAGCGAAACGGCAAGGCAACGAUGAGAUGGUUCAAGCGCUCAAACUGCAGCAACAGGGCAUCAUGAAGGAAGUCGGCGCAGAUAUAUUCAAGAAUUUGGGUACGCCAAUUGCUCAGGGAGUGUUUGGAUUCGGCGCCUUCCGAUGCCUCAGAGGCAUGAGCAACCUACCGGUCCCGGGAAUGAGUACCGACGGCUGGCUGUGGUUCACCGACCUCACCAUUCCGGACCCUAUCUACAUUCUCCCAGUGCUGACGGGCGGCCUUAUGUAUGUGAUACUGAAGAUGGGUGGCGAGACGGGUAUGUCUACCGAAGCGAGCAUGUCCAGCCUGCAGAAGCAGAUGCAGAUCGGUAUGCCCAUCGUCAUGACGUUAGUCACUACUUGGCAGCCAGCGGCCGUCCAGGUCUACUUCCUCAUUUCCGCCUCUCUCGGCGGCAUCACUGCGUAUUGCUUAAAGCAACCUGGCUUCAGACGCUUGGUCAGAAUCCGUCCACUACCUACCCCAGAAAGCCACAAACUCUACAGUAAAGUCGUGAAGGGCGAGGUUGAGCUCAGCGCCAUCCGCGGCGCAGAUGGCAAGAUCCGCUACCAAGCUCCCAACGCUGCCCGCACCACCACCUCUUCCUCCGGCAGCGGACCUGCAUCUACUGCGCGCGGAAUCAAUCUUAAAGCCGGUACCGCUUUGCCCCCUCACAUGCGCAAGGCUGCGCCCAAGGUUGACAAGGAGUACCAGGACCGAGACGUCGACUAUGAGGAGGGGAUGCCGAAGGAGGGUGGGGUUGGCAAGAAAUGGGAUUGGAUCAAGCGGAAUUAUAGACCAGGAUUUAUUGCGAAGAGGUUGUCUGGUAUUAUGGAUUCACGAGAUCCGAGUGUGAAGGCGGCGCAGGACAAGAAGGAGAAGGCGAAGCAGAGGGCGAGAGCGUAUGAGCUGGAGAGGAAGAGGAGACUUGAGAAUAGGCGGUAGAACAAGCUUAUGGUCUCUAAGGGGGUGUAUGUAUGAUAAGGGGCUUCGAGUAUCGCGUUAGUAGAGAUGGCCCUACCAGUACCUAAAAGAGCAUUGGAUGGGAGAUGGCAUUGUAGUUAUAUAGACGGUUGGAACUUCUUGUACAAAUACCUACUACUCAGAACACUAC